CAGCACAGAGUCGGUCCAAAGCCAAAGUUAGCAGCUCACAGAGGGCAACUCGAACUCCUCUGGGGUAACAUGGGGGUCCGCAGCUAGCCCAUGAAGCAGUCCUGGGGAACACCAGUUUCGCAUACGACCAAGAUGCACAUUUUUCAGAUGCAACAAUAGUCAAGUGGCUCAGCUUCCAAACGGGGACUGGCAUCAGAGUGCCGUCAGCAAUGACAGGGGGAGUAUUUUGGACCCUGCUGGCUGCACUGGUGACGCAGCGGGCUGCCGGGUGCCCCAAGGAGUGUGAGUGUAACACCAAGACCAAGGUGGUGGACUGCCGGGGGAAAGGUCUGUAUGACAUCCCACGGAGGCUGCAGCUGGACACCCAGGAGCUGUACCUGCAGAACAACCGCAUCCGAGGCCUGGGCUCCAUGGCCUUCCGUGAGACACCCCUGCUGCGUGUGCUUGACCUGACCAACAACUCCAUCACCAGCAUCUCCGCCAACGCCUUCCAGGGCCUCCGCGGCCUGCUGGUCCUCAACCUGGCCAACAACUCCAUCCGCGAGAUUGACCGGCGCCUCUUUAACCCCAUCAAGACCCUCACCGAGCUCGACCUGUCCCACAACAACGUCGCCAACCUGCCCGGCGCGCUGGCGGACAGCAUCAGCAACCUCAGCUCACUGUCCCUGUGCCACAACCGCCUGCAGAGGCUAGACAGGAUCCUGCUGGAGUCUCUGAAUAAGCUGCAGGUGCUCUUCUUCCACAGCAACCCCUGGAAAUGUGACUGCCAGCUCAUCGGGCUAAAGCUAUGGCUGGAGUCCUUUCUCUUCAAAGGUGGGAUCAUUGAUGAGAUCAGGUGCGCGCAGCCUGAGGACCUGAAGGGGAGAGACCUCCGCAGGAUCCCCUACGAGCUGUUCCACACCUGCCUGACGACCAGCUACAACUACCUGUUCGCCAACAUCCACCACCUGGAUGCCGAGCACAGGCUUCGCUCCCACGGCCACAGCGAGAGGGUCGGCGAGGGCCUGCCCGAGUGCGAGCCCAAACAACGGCCCCGCCCCGUCAACCUGCGCCACGCCAUCGCCACUGUGGUCAUCACCGGCGUGGUCUGCGGCGUGGUCUGCCUCAUGAUGCUCGCCGCCGCCGUCUACGGCUGCGCCUACGCCGCCAUCAUGGCUAAGUACCAGCGGGAGCUGAAGAGGGUGGAGCAGAUGGCCCCUUCGGAUGAGCACGGGAGCACAGAGGAAAAGGAGCCCCUGGACAGCUCCGUCCCCUGAGGACCUGGCUCAUCUUUGGGGACUAACUUGUAGGCACUCCCCGUACAUUAGUAUAUAUGAAAAUAUAUGUACAUAUCAAGCUAUUUGUUGUAGUAGGUUUAACUGUCAAAAUUGCCCGACUGGGUGUAUGUGACGUUGUGUGUUAGGGCAGUGUUUCUCAAUCCUACUCCUGGAGGCCCACUGUCCUGCAUGUCUUCUAU